UUAAAAGCUUAGGUAAAGAAGAACCUGUGAUACCCCUUCCCCAAACAUCUAUAAAGCCCUAAAACUGAGGAGCCCAGUUUGAAAAACAAAGAGUCCAACCCCCUAAUUUCACAGAUGAGGAACUUCAAGUCUCGCGAUGACCAAGGCUGCAAAACCGCUAGUUAUGAAACCAGUAUCUAAACUAGAGGUUCUGUAGUCCGAAUGAUUUCCAUGGAGCAGUCAUCUUUACGCAGCAUUUCUAAAGGCUACUGUGGACAAAGCAUUGAACUAGUUGCUAUGAGGACGACAAAUAUGAACAAGACCCAGUUCCACCCAUUCAGGAGCUCACAGUUGAGGCUACUGAAGAACUUACAGACAUUUUUUUAAAAAAGUAACACACACGCACGCAUUUAACUAUGGCUAAUAGUUUCCAAACUAUAAUUCCUGAGACCGAGAACGUCUGCACCUUGGCCAGUUCCGGAACGCGGGAACAGUGAGAGUCUAUCCAGGUUAAGAGGCCCGUGCACCGGAGAGAGAAGGGGCAGAAGCAGACAGAGGCCGGACCCAGGGCGGCAGGCGGGCCCCGCACCAAGACUCGGCGCAGACCGAGCCAAGCCCUUCUCCACGGUAUUAGUGGCUGAAUCCACUCCCAUUCUGGCCCUGGAUGCAGGGGAAAGCCUAGCGCUCAGCCGAGCGGAAGGGACGGGAUUUAGGGCGGAAGUCCCUCCGCCGCUCAGGUCACGUGGGAGGGGCUGAGCUCGCGCGCUGUUGAGUAGCGAGAGUUCCGCGGUCACCGGCUCAAAACCCAGCGAGCCUGCAACUGCAGCCCCGAGUGUGACCGUUCCAGGCUCAGGGAGUCAGAGGUCGUUUUUCUGAAAGCAUGGCACUUUGGCGGGCAUACCAGCGGGCUCUGACUGCUCACCCGUGGAAAGUACAGGUCCUGACAGCUGGGUCUCUGAUGGGCCUGGGUGAUGUUAUCUCACAGCAGCUGGUGGAGAGGCGAGGUCUGCAGGCACACAAGACUGGCCGAACCCUGACCAUGGUCUCCCUGGGCUGUGGCUUUGUGGGCCCUGUAGUAGGAGGCUGGUACAAGGUUUUGGACCGCCUCAUCCCUGGCACCACCAGGGUGGAUGCACUGAAGAAGAUGCUGUUGGAUCAGGGGGGCUUUGCCCCAUGUUUUCUGGGCUGUUUCCUCUCACUGGUAGGGACACUCAAUGGACUGUCAGCCCAGGACAAUUGGGCCAAACUCCAGCAGGAUUAUCCUGAUGCUCUCAUCACCAACUACUAUCUCUGGCCUGCUGUGCAGUUAGCCAACUUCUACCUGGUCCCUCUUCAUUACAGGGAGGAUCUUGCUCCACAGUCCUUGUCUCCAUCCCACCUGGGCUCUCUACCUUUGAUGGCAUGUCUGCAGGGGCAGUGCUGCAGCCUAGGUUAGGCAGAAAGGUAGACCAGAGAGACAAGUAGGAACGUGGUCAGGUUGGCUGUUGUCCAGUGUGUUGCCGUCAUCUGGAACUCCUACCUGUCCUGGAAGGCACAUCGGCUCUAAGUCUGCCUCACUCCAUCAUUUCAAGCUUGCAGUGACGCAGCUUGACCCUGGAAGGGUCAAACCACCUCCUCAAAGUGGGCACAUUGGUUUUCACAGGGUUUUGUGGCUGGUCAGAACUUAAUGGGGUUAGCACUCUGAAGUGGGCUGUUUCACUCUAAAAUGUAACCUGACUCCUACUGAAAUCACUAAAACCUUUAUAAUGGUCUUAUACCCACCACAUAGUAGGCACUCCAUAAAUACUUGUUGAACCAUAUGAUUUUGUCACUUUCAGUUUACACCCAUAUCCCGGCAAGUACCACUCAUCCCCACUCUUCAUAGACACAUCUGUUUUUCUAACCCUUCCCAGCCCUAGUCUAGCUCCAAUUUUGGGGGAGCCCCUCAAGCUCUUUAUAUGGUACCUCCAUAAAUAUAUUUCUAAAUAGGUAAUCUGGAACUUGCAGAGGCAAUGAGUAAGACCCAGCAGAAACCGACUGGGGAGUCCCGUUUUCUAGAGUUUGGAAAGAACCUGGAGACCACUAAGCCCAGUCUUUUACAGAUGAGGACACUGAGGUCCACAGAAGUGAGGUGACCUGUCCACACCAUGAGUUACGGGCAGAGUAGAAACUUGAACCCCCGUGCUAUAGUUUGAAUGUUUGUAUACUCCCCAGUUUAUAUGAUGAAAACCUGAUGCCCAAGGUGAUGGUAUUAGGAGGCGGGGCCUUUGGGAAGUGAUUAGCUCAUGAGGGCAGAGCGCUCAUGGGAUCAGUACACUUACAAAAGAGGCCAUGUGAUGAGACAGCAAGAAGGUGCCACCUGUGAGCCAGAAAGCAGGUCCUCGCCAGACACCAGACCUACUGGCACCGUGAUCUUGGACUUCCCAGCCUCCAGAACUGUGAGGAAUAAAUGUUUGUUGUUUAUAAGCCA